GCUAGAUGGUGUGCUAGACACUCCCCGGGGCCCAAGGAGGGUUAGUAGGAUGUACGGAUGAGAGUCUUGGUCUGGGGCAAGAACUGAUGUUGACAGUUCCCUUCGCCUUGAUUGCAGGCUGUGAGCAGGAUGCGGUCUGCCGCUCCGACGCGGACAUGCUGGACUACCUGCUGAGCCUGGGUCAGAUCAGCCAACACGACGGCCUUCUGGUCACCUGGUACCAUGCUGCCAACAGCCAGAAGGAGAUGAGGGCUGCCCUCAGCAGUGACGCUGUGGCCCUGGAGGCAGACGUCACGGUAGAAGGGCUCGGCACAGUCAAUGAGACAGGGGUCCCCAUCAUGGCGCACCCCCCAGCCAUCUACAGUGACAACACCCUACAGCAGUGGCUGGAGGCUGUGCUGGCUUCUUCCCAGAAGGGCAUCAAACUAGACUUCAAGAGCAUCAAGGCCGUGGGCCCCUCCCUGGACCUCCUGCGGCGGCUGACCGAGGAGGGGAGAGUUCGGAGGCCUGUGUGGAUCAAUGCCGACAUCCUGAGGGGCCCCAACAUGGCCAUCCCGAUAGAAGUCAAUGCUACACAGUUCCUGGCCUUGGUCCAGGAGAAGUAUUCUAAGGCAACCCUGUCUCCAGGCUGGACCACCCUCUACCUGCCCCUGUUCCCAAACGGGACAUAUACCCGAGCCAUGGUAGAGAAGAUGCAGGGGCUGGUGGGAGGACUGCCACAGAAGGUCACCUUCCCUGUGCGGGCUGUCAUGGUACGGGCUGCCUGGCCCCACUUCAGCUGGCUGCUGGGCCAAUCUGAGAGGUACAGCCUGACGCUGUGGCAGGCCACCUCAGACCCCGUGUCAGUGGACGAUCUCCUCUACGUCCGGGACAACACCGCCACCCACCAAGUCUACUAUGACCUCUUCGAGCCUCUCCUGUCCCAGUUCAAGCAGCUCGCCAUGAACGCCUCACGGAAGCAAAGCUACUACACGGGAGGCAGCCUGAUCCCCUUUCUCCAACUCCCUGGGGAUGAGGGUCUGAGCGUGGAGUGGCUGGUUCCUGACAUCCAGGGCAACAGGAGCACAGCGACAGUGCGACUCCCAGACAGAGAAGGCAUGAUCCUGCUGGAAGCUGGCCUCCUGGAGCCUGCAGCUGGGGACCCCGUGCCCAUCGUACAUGCCCCAGAUGGCCGUGUCCUGACACUGGAGUUCUGCCUGCUGCAGCUGGCCACGCGCGCCGGACGCUGGGGCAUCCACGUGCACAUAGCAGAGCCCACGGCCCUCCGGCCAUCCCUGGCCACACUGGCCACCCUCUCCACCCUUGGCCACCUGCCUAGGCCUGUGUGGGUCGGGGCCACAAUCUCCCACGGGAGUUUUGUGGUCCCUGGCUACGUGACUGGCAGGGAGCUGCUUACAGCUGUGGCCGAGGUUUUCCCCCAUGUGACAGUGGCACCAGGCUGGCCCGAGGAAGUGCUGAGCAGUGGCUACAGGGAACAGCUGCUCACAGAUAUGCUGGAGCUGUGCCAGGGCCUCUGGCAACCCGUGUCCUUCCAGCUUCAGGCUGGGCCGCUGGGCCAGAGCACGGCUGGAGUCGUGGCCAGGCUGUUGGCAGCCUCCCCCCGGGCCACUGUCACAGUGGAACACAGCCCCAGCUGGGGCAGCUAUGCAUCUGUGCGGGCAGUGCUGCUGGCAGCCAGGGCCGUGGAGAGGACCCGAGUCUACUACAGGCUACCCCAGAGUUCCUACCAAGACUUGCUGGUGGACGUUGGCAGAAAGUGACCACCCAGGGGAGCUGGGCUGGUGGAGCCCU